ACCACAAGCGGCGACAGCUCCUGCGGCAGAGGGCCAAUUUCCACGCAAGCUAGCAUGUACCGGUAUAGACCAGAGCGACUUGCCACGACGCUCGUUGCACGGGGAUUCGCGGCAUGCAUCGGCGACCUGUUCGCGGUGUUUAUCAGCAACCCCGCAAAGCAGAUACCCAUCUGGCAGCAGCGGGCAGGCCUCCGGCAACAGCAGGGUUCCACUGAGGAUGGCGGUGCGGGUGACGAUGAAGGCGACGGGGGGGGCAGCAGCUCCGGGCAACGCUCCCGCCAAUCAGCAGAACCGGAUCCGAAUCCAGGUCCAAGUGGGGAUGCGGAGGACGACAAUCGCGGGCUGGUGGUGUGGGACUACCACGUGGUCUUGCUGCACCGCGUCGGCGGCGGCAGCAGACCGGCAGGGGAGGCAGCAGGGGCAGGCGCGGGCACAGGGGCAGGCGCAGGCGCAGGCGCAGGCGCAGGCGCAGGCGCAGGCGCAGGCGCAGGCGCAGGCGCAGGCGCAGGGGCAGGAGCAGGGGCAGGAGCAGGCGCAGGGGCAGGAGCAGGCGCAGGAAGGCCCGUCGCAAGGGUGCAGGGGGAGGCAGACGGCGCGGCUGUGACGGCCACGGCCAUGGUGGCGGCGGCUGUAGCAGGCUGUGCCGGCCCGGCGGGUGUGCUGGUCUGGGACCUUGACACGGUACUGCCGUUCCCAUGCAGUCUGGAGGAGUACGCGCGGCGGGCGUUGCACGUGCACCAGCCCCUGCGACCAAACUUCCGCAGGUACUACCGGGUGGUCCCGGCCGCCACCUACCUGUCGCACUUCGCCAGCGACCGCAGCCACAUGCGCAGGCCCGGCGGCGGCUGGAGCUCUCCACCGCCGCCCUACCCGCCGCUGGUGGCCCCCGCGGACGGCGCCCCGCACACCCUGGAGCGCUACUGGGACAUGCGGCCUAGCCCCGGGGCACAGGCGGCGGCCGCCACGGCCGUUGCCACCCUGCAGGCGGCCGAGCUGCAGGAGGGGGAGCAGCAGGAGGCGGAGCAGGAGGAAGGGAGGAAGGCGCGGCUUGCGGCGACGCGGGCGGCUGCUUCGACGGGGCUGCUGGAGGCGGUGGCGGCGGCGGGGCCCUUUGGCAUGGUGCUGAAUGAGCCCUUGUUGAUGAUGGCGUUUGGGGCUGCGGUGAAGUGAAAAAAUAGAUAAACCUUCAUCCUGGGACAGCUCCAACUAACGCCCAACUAACUCGUGUACGGCACCCCCACCCCCCUCAGCCGUACAGGAGCUGCGGUUGGGUGUCUGUAGCUGCCGCGGCUGGGAGCUGGUAGUUGCACGGUGGGCCGGCUGGGAAGCUGCUGAGCCUGGGAGCACGCACACGGGUCGUUGGCAUGAGUCGGGUAGCUGUACGGCUGGGAGCUGGAAGUUGCACGGGAGACCGGCUGCGAAGCGACAUGAGUGCAUAGGUGUACGGCGGAGGUCAGGGGGUGGUGGCUGGCGGUUGGCGUGGCGCACGAGUGGGAGCUGGCAGUUGCGUGUGGUGCCGGCUGGGAAGCUGCGCGUGAGCUGCGUGUAAACUCAGAUGGGA